AUGGCUACAAGGACGGACAUACCGCAUUUGCGGAGAACGAAGAACUCCGCACAGUUGGUCGUCAAGGGAAAGCCAUUUCUAAUGCUCCCGGGAGAACUGCACAACUCAAGCCUCAGCAGUGCGGAGUUCAUGAGCACAGUAUGGCCGAACAUGAGCGCGAUGAACGUCAACACUCUACUCGGUUCCGUGACGUGGGAGAUGAUUGAGCCUACUGAGGGCCACUUUGACUUCUCGGAACUCGACAAGGUCAUCCUUGGUGCGCGGAAGUACGACAUGCAUCUCGUCCUGCUGUGGUUCGGGAGCUUCAAGAACGCUAUGAGCACUUAUGUACCGCAAUGGGUGAAGAAGGAUGUUAAGAGGUUCCCACGUGUGCAUAUUGAGGACGCGCAGGGGAGUUUGAAGACUGUCGAGCUGAUCUCACCUUUUAACGAAAGAGCUUGGGAAGCUGAUGCGAAGGCCUUUGCUGCAUUGAUGCGGCACUUGAGGGAAUCUGAUCGAGAACACAGCACGGUCAUCAUGGUACAGGUUGAGAAUGAGACUGGGUUGUUGGGUGAUUCGAGGGAUAGGUCGAGGAUCGCGAAUGACUUUUUCAGGCAGCCGGUGCCGGAGGAGUUAUUGACUCAUUUACAGCGAAAAGAGGAGCUCCAUCCUCUAUUCAAGAAGCGGUUCCCGGAGCUUCGCAAUGCGACACCCGGAAAAUCGACGUGGGAAGAUGCCUUCGGUAGAGAUUUGAUCGAUGCGGAAGAAAUAUUCAUGGCGAACGCAUUCUCUCGGUAUGUCGGCAUUGUUGCGGCGGCAGGCAAAGCAGAAUAUCAACUCCCGCUCUAUACGAACGUAUGGUUGAACUUCGACGAUCCGAGCAUCUUGGAUCUCUCAGGCGUGCCGUUAGGCGAGGGCACACCGACUGUGGCAGGAGGAGGCGCCAAAGCAGGCGUCUACCCCAGCGGGGGCCCUUGUCCACAUGCUUUCGAUAUAUGGAAGUACAACGCGCCUGCCCUCGAUUUCAUUGCUCCGGAUCUGUACCUACACGACUACGAAACUAUCUGCCAGCAAUAUCGACACGGUAAUCAGCCUCUGUUCAUUCCAGAGCAGAAGAGGGAUGAUAAAGGGGCGCGCAGAGUAUUCUUGGCGUACGGAAGCUAUGGAGCAAUCGGAUGCUCACCGUUUGGUAUCGAUUCGUUGAGAGCGGAGGAUACCCAACUCACGUACACGUAUGGACUUCUCAAGUCUGUCAGCAAGCAUAUCCUUGAAGCACAGAGUAACCGCCCAGAGGAUAUCAUGGGGUUCUUUUUCGACGAAGUCGACCAAGAGAAGAAGGGCAAAGAGCAGUGGACACGAGAGCUUGGAGAGUUCGAAGUUACCGUCGAUCGCGCGUUUGUCUUUGGAAAGCCUGGUCCAGGAGCCGGAAUGAUCAUUCAUCAAGGCAACGGCAAGUUUAUGUUGGUUGGAAAAGGGUUCCAAGUUACGUUCAAGAGCACAAAUUCGAAGUCGACAUUCACGGGCAUCCUGCACUCAGAGGAGAAAACAGUCGAUGAACAUGGCGAUUUGCAUACUGCAAGAACAACGAAUGGUGAUGAGACCAGGAGUGGAGAGUUCUAUAUCAUGCCGAACGACAACCCGGAUUAUGGUGGUUUCCCAAUUGCGGUUACGAUUCCGGCUAGGACGUGCAUUGCGGAGUGCACGGCAUACAGUGUUGAAGAAGCAGAGGACGAUCUUUGA